AUGGACAAGCUCUCGUCGCUUGCCAGGUUCUCCUCCUCGUGCCCCUUCCUGGGCCGCACCCAGCCAUCCUCUCUCCGCUCGCUGUCGACCACCGCCUCGGCGCAGUUUCCCGCGCUCACCCGCCUGACCGAGAAGGCGACCGAAUGCCCGAUCAUGGGCCCGGCGCUCACCAAGCGCUCUGGCCAGAAGGUCGCCGGUUACGCAUCCGUUGCCGCCACGUCCGACGUCCAGAAGCUCCACCAGGACAAGGGCAUCUCCGUCACCGACGGCGACAUCGCCAAGUGUCCCCACGCCGGCAAGGCUCUCGCUGCCGCUCGCAUGGCCGAUCAGCUUGCGGCCGCCAAAGCACGUAGCGACGCUCUCAAGAAGGCUCAGGCGCAGGCCGCCGCGGCUCCCCAGCAGGCGACCCCGACCGCUGCCGCGGCGGCGGCCGCUGGCUGUCCGUUCGCAGCCAAGGCCGCGAGCGCUGCCGCCCUACCCGAGGGACACCCGAAGGUGCCCGGGUUCGACUACGAGAAGUUCUACGCCGCGGAGAUUCAGAAGAAGCACGACGACAAGUCGUACAGGUACUUCAAUGAGAUGAACCGGCUCGCCAAGAAGUUCCCCAUCGCUCACACCGCCGACCCAUCGCACGAAGUCGAGGUCUGGUGCGCGAACGACUAUCUCGGGAUGGGCAACAAUCCCAUCGUGCUUGAGACCAUGCACCGCACGCUCGACAAGUAUGGUCAUGGCGCCGGCGGCACGCGCAACAUCGCAGGAAACGCAUCCUGGCAUCUGAACCUCGAGAAGGAGAUCGCUGGUCUGCACCGCAAGCCAGCUUCCCUUGUCUUCUCGUCCUGCUACGUCGCCAACGAUGCUGCGCUUGCGACGCUCGGCUCCAAGCUCCCCAACGCGGUCUACUUCUCCGACUCCAUGAAUCACGCUUCUAUGAUCCAAGGCAUCCGUCACUCGGGCGCGAAGAAGGUUAUCUGGAAGCACAACGACCUCGAGGAUCUCGAGAACAAACUCAAGGAAUGGCCCCUUGACACGCCCAAGAUCAUCGCAUUCGAGUCGGUCUACUCGAUGUGCGGCUCUGUCGGCCCAAUCAAGGAAAUAUGUGACCUGGCGGACAAGUACGGUGCUAUCACUUUCCUCGACGAGGUUCACGCAGUCGGCCUCUACGGACCCCGCGGCGCGGGUGUCGCCGAGCACCUUGACUACGAGGCGCACAAGGCGGCCGGCAACUCGGUUGAACCGAUCCCCGGCACCGUCAUGGACCGCAUCGACAUCAUCUCCGGCACACUGGGCAAGGCAUACGGCGCUGUUGGUGGCUACGUCGCGGGCUCUGAGAAGUUCAUCGACAUGAUCCGCUCGUACGCACCUGGCUUCAUCUUCACGACAUCGUUGCCCCCGGUCACCGUCGCUGGCGCACAUGCAUCCAUCGUUUACCAGAAGGAGUACAACGGCGACCGCAGGCUCAUGCAGUGGAACGUUCGCGAGGUCAAGAAGCGCUUUGCAGACCGCGGCAUCCCCGUGGUUCCUGGUGGCAGCCACAUCGUGCCUGUCUUCAUCGGUGACGCUCAGCAGGCAAAGGACGCUAGCGACUACCUUCUCGCGCGUCACAACGUCUACGUUCAGGCGAUCAACUAUCCGACAGUAGCUCGCGGCGAGGAGCGUCUCCGCUUCACGAUCACCCCAGGCCACACGCAAGAGCAACUCGAGCGUGUCAUUGACGCUGUCGACGACACGUUCACCACGCUCGGUAUCAAGCGCGAGGCUGACUGGGCCGCUCUCGGUGGUCGUUGUGGUGUCGGCGCGGAGAUCCCCGUCAAGGUCGAGCCCGUCUGGUCGGAUGCUCAGCUUGAGCUCGGUACUGCCACUCAGCCCCGCACGCGCCGUGACGGUGAGGUCCGCUACGUUGAGCCCCGCGCGGUCGCGAUCUCGCGCAACCGCUUCUCGCGUCUCUUGGACGAGCAGAAACGCAACGUCGUGGAUGACUUUGCUGGCAUCCGCAUGCAGACCGGUGCUGCGCCGAAGGCUAUCCUGCCGGAGGUCGAGAUCCCGCUCGCUGCACCGAUGUCCGCUAGCGCGUAG